UAUAUAAUUGUCAAAGGUCUUUGUGUUGAGUUAUAAAAAAAUCAGAAUAUUAUUUUAUUACAGUUCACAGCCCCCGGCUGGACGCUAAUUGAACACACAUAUGUAUACAUAAAGCGCGCUCAGGGCUGCAUUUUGUUGUCAUCGGUCCGCUGUCAAACACUAACACCAACAAAAGUUGUACGCAAGAGAAAGUGCUUGAGCCAUUUUGGAAAAUACAAUUCCGCCAUAUUUACCGGCAAAAUUCAAAAUAUUUACAUUGCUAAUAAACAUUUAGCGGCACAUAAACAAGAUUGUGCAUUAAACAGGCCGUGUGACAACGCGAGCGGAUCAAAAAGCGACAAAUUUGACAGACAACGUCUGCCACUGCCGCUGCUGCCGUCAACGCAGCGCCCCACGCACCGAUGUCAAUAGGACAGUAGUAGAGAAGACAAACAACGCAAACAACUUCAGCGACUUGCAACGAAAUUGGCCAGCGGUGGGGCCCAAUCUACAGACGCAUAUACACACGAGCGCGCGCGCCUACAUAUACAACAACUUGUACACACAAACACAUACAUAAGCGUGCAGUCAUACACACACACAUUGAGCCAUACGUGAACGAAACAAACACGCCAAAACGAUGACAAGUCAUCAUCAAGGCGGCAAUUUUCAAGCCAGAGCGCCGCCAAUUGUUAAAAAUCUAUCACUGGCCGCAGCAGCCGUGCCGCUGCCCCUGCCUCUGUCGCUGCCGUUGCCAUUGUCCCUGCCAAUGUCCAUGUCUGCCUCCUCCUCCUCAGUGCACAAUCACAAUACAAACACAACAUCACCGUUGUAUUUCACACACGUUCUGCCUCCGACGACGGCAAUUGUGGAGAAUCAGCAUCCGUACAGUGCCGAACUCGAUGGCACGGAGCAUAUAGGCAGCGCCGGAGACAACGAAAGUUUUCUGAUCGAAGAGAUCAUUGAUGAUUAUGAUGAAGAUGCCAAUAUUGUUGUAGAUGCUGGCGAAUUUUUUGUCUCUGGCGAUGUCUACGAAUACUGUUCAGUAGACCGUAUAGAUAUGGGCAUGGCCACAGCAGAUGCACUGCCGCCACCAAUAAUUAUGCAGCAACAGGAGCAGGAGAGUGAUGAUGAGGAUGAUGGUCAACAAAUGGAUGGUGAGAUGCGAAUGUCAUCCGAUGACGAAGAGGACGAAACGCCGGUCACGCAACGUGAUACAAAUGCCUUUGAAAUAGCCUCAGAAAUGUUAACAACAAUUGAAUCAACCGCAGCGACUAUCAAAGAGGAGCAGCUAGAGAAUGACUACUAUAUGAAAUCUACAGAUGAUUCCAAUAGCUGUCACGUACAGGACUUUAAGCCAUUUGGCAGACCGCAACGUCAUAGCAAUAACAUAAUCAGCAGCCACAAUAACCACAACAUCAAUGGCAACGGUCAUGGCACUGCGAAGCGUUGGAAGCAAACGAAAGUGCCUAUACGAAUCACACAGGAUCAGUUUAAUGUGACGCUCUGGUCAUCACUUAACUCAGAGGAUGAGGACGAGGAGGAAUUGGAUUUAGAUGAGCAGCAUGUAGUAGAUCAGCAGACAUUAGCAGCACCUCAAGUAAUCAGCAGUACAACGAACAGAACUAACGAUAUGCCAAAGCUAAUCAUUGAUGAGCAUAUGAUGCAUCACGAUGUGCUCAGCGAUGGCAUUGGCAAUGAGUAUGUCAUAUUGCCGGAUCCGUUUAGUGCGGCCGCUGUUACCGACGUCGAAGAGGUGGUGAAUGCAUUUAUGGCCGAUGGGGAUGAUGUUAAAGAGCAGGAGGACGAGGAAGACAGCCAAUCGCUAAGCGAACAAUAUCAACUGGAUGAGGCUUAUGGGAGCAUUGAAUUAAUUGAGAAUAUGCCACAACCUGUUGAACUAAUGGCUGCGCCCGUAACAACGCCUGCAACAACAUCAGCUACAGCAGCAGUGGCAGUAACAACAAAAACAGUGCCCAAGCUCGUGCUGCAGAAUAGCAGCACAAAUGUGAGGCUGAAAGCGAACAAUAAUAAUAUGAACAAUAAAGCGACCAAACGUCAGUUGACCACACAACCUCCACCUCUGGUGCCAGCAAACAACAGCAACAGUAACAACAGCAGCAGCAGCGGUAGCAGUGGCUGUGCUAAUGCACAGCAACAGCAAUUGCAUCAACGUGCAGCUGCAAUGACAGCGAUGCCGCCAACGGAUGAGGACGAGGAGCCCAAGUUUCGGUGCACACAUCGUGGCUGUAAUAAGGAAUUUCGCAAUCACUCCGCCAUGCGCAAGCAUAUGCAUACGCAUGGACCUCGUGGUCAUGUGUGCAAUGUCUGUGGCAAGAGUUUUGUGGAGAGCUCAAAGCUGAAGCGCCACCAGCUGGUGCAUACUGGAGAGAAGCCAUUCGAAUGCACGUUCGAGGGCUGUGGCAAACGCUUUUCGCUUGAUUUCAAUUUGCGUACGCAUGUGCGGAUUCACACUGGAGAUCGACCAUAUCAUUGUCCCAUUGAUGGUUGCUCUAAGUGUUUUGCCCAGUCCACAAAUCUGAAGUCCCAUAUGUUGACGCACACGAAACCCAAACGGAAGUGGCCUCGAGCACCGCAAGUGAGCAGCAAAUCUCCAUUGGUGGCGCGAUAUGGACGGCUGGAAUUUGGUGAGGAUCCCACGCUGGUGUAUGUGGAGUCCAAUGAGGAGCUGGCGUCGGUGCUGCUGGAUAGCACGUCGACACCGUCCUAACAAGCAAUGCCACUAGCUGUUGUGAUCUGAAUUUGGAAUGCAGCGAGUAGCUUCUGUGUGUGUCUGUACAGCUAGUUAUAAGGAUAUUUAGUUAUCUAAGCGGGCAUUGGCGCAGAACGUGUUUAGGAUAGAGGAGAGCACAUGGUGCUGUCUAUCCUGAGCUCAACUGCUGUUUGCUACCUGGCCCACAAACAAACAAAAAAACUAGCUUUUAAGUUUUAAUGCUAAUGAGAAUUAUAAGUUUGAUGAAGUUGAUUGGAAUGCCCGGCACGAUGGUCAAAAAGUUGUAGAAUUUAGUUUUUGUAUGCGUUUAAGUAUAAAGUAUGUAAGCCCCAAAUAUGUACCCAAAUCUCCCUCCCUGUCCUACAUCCUGGCAUCCUGUAUCCUGCUGUGAAAUGCUUCUAGCAUUUUGAUUCUAAUCGUAACUCGUAAAUGUGCGGCCACUCGAAUAACAAAAGGCUGCACACAAUUUUUCUAUAAAAUCUUACAAAUACAAUUACUAUUUAAUACACACAUAAACAUUUAAUAACAAAUAGGCUAUAUAUAUUUUUGUA